AUGUUCGGCGCGUUUGGCGUGUUUAGCACGCAGCUUAUGAAUAACUAUGACGAGAUUGACGCAAUCGCGGAAAGACUCACCGCGAUUAACGACAUGGACGCUACACUUGAUACACCUGAAGCCAAACGUAUCUUACAAAUGAACAACGACAUCGUAGACUAUCACCAACAAUACGAUGACAUGGUCUCUAAGAUGACGUAA